CUUCAUCACGGACAACCCGCCGCUGACAUUCUAGCUUCAACCGAAUUCGCAAGCAGCAGUCCCGUCUGUACAUAGCUGUAUUCUCUGUAGCGGCAUCACAUUUAGCAUCAUGCCGUCUUCCGGCGAUGCUCUCGAAACACUCACCACCGUUGUGUCGGGUGCGCUCACCCUCAUCGGCCAACUUGAAGUAGUUGUUUCGGGUCUCAGCUCCCAGGAAAUCAGUACCACAGCCUCCCCAGGAGUUCAUCAGUCGCCAGGAGUUGGUUCCCUCGAUGCACUUUCAUUGGCACACGAUUCGGCUACCCUCAUCAGAGCACACGCCACAAAGAUCUCUCUUCUUGUUAUCAAUGAGCCCUUCACGCCAACAGCCAUCACCAAAGUUUUACGAGAGCUUAUAGCUGGUCCCCUUCCUGGUUUGGCAGCUUCUUCCCAAGAAUGCACAGCCAGACGGUAUACACGGGCAAUUCAGAAGGAUCUGGCUUGGAAGGUGGCCCGCGUGCUCAAGGAGCUUCGUGACCUGCUAUCCCAGAUUCCCAAGGACGGGAAAAUCUUGAAAGAUGGCAAAAAGAAUGCAGCGGCUGGUGCAGCCGGCGGCAAGGGCAGCAUUGCCGCUACUGGUCUGUUAUGGGCUGCGUGCGACGACCUGAUGGCAUUUUGCAAGCGGGGAUUCGGCGGCAACUUGGUCUACAAGGUCGACCAGUUACGUGAGACGCUAAAGGAUGUUAUGGAGGAGUUGAAAGAGUGGGGCGAGGAAACAGGAGACGACGGGGAUGAAGAUGACGAGGGCGACGAUGGUGUUGCAGGGAUCACCAAUAAUCUUGGGUCUGCUUCCCUCUCUGCGAAUGCAAGCACCCAGGCCAUGUUGGACGACCUGAUGAACUCUCAAAGGUACAUCCCACGAGACGACCCACACAAAAUCAGAGAUCGUUUGGAAUCAUGUCUCAGGCGACUACGCCUGACCUCUUUACUUUACCAAGCUGCCGCUAAGCGCAGGCUCAAGCCAUUGCCGCACAACCCUCCAACAUCAGACUCCAAUGUUCCUGCUCGCCUUGAUGAAGUCUUGGCGCUUUUGAAGGGAAUCCCAGAAAGAUUUGGGAACCUUGCAAUGGCUUUCUAUGACCUUGAUCCUGACGAGAUUGACCGUCUAAUGGACCAAUGCUUCUUUGAUGCAUUUGCUGCCUCGGAGCUGCUCGUCAAACCAUGGGAUGGCCAAAAGGAUGAGUUCACCAACUGGGCCCUUAAAUUUCAGGUAGAGAUAAAAAAAAGCUAG